GUCGGCGCCGCUAACGGUAACAGGCGGCCGUGGGGGGGCGGGCGGCGGUUUCCCUCGGGCGGUUGUUGGUGAGGCGGCCGCUUGCACAGCUGAUAAACAAGUUCACAGGAAGUCGCUGUGUAUUUCAGAAACACAAAAACUCUUAGAGCCUGUUUUUUCCUAAUACUGGCAGACCCCGUUUUACAGCUCGGUCACAAUGAGGCGAAGCUCAACCACUACUGGGAGUAGUGGUCGGCAAUCUACGAUGGUACUGAGAGUGCAGGACAACAACAAGAUGGGUCUUCAAACGCCUCAAAUGAAGGACAGAGGAACGUUUGGAAAACUGAGCAUGAGCAAAACUACGUCUGCAACUUCAGAAAGAAAAGUCAGCUUUUUUGGGAAGAGAACUAGUGGGGCUGGAGGUCCACGCAACAGUCAGUAUGGCAUGUUUGGUACAGAAAAGAUCAAGGAUCCCAGGCCCCUUCAUGACAAGGCGUUCAUUCAACAAUGUAUCAAACAGCUUUGUGAGUUUCUUGUUGAGAAUGGUUACGCCCAUAAUGUCACCGUGAAAUCACUACAGUCUCCAUCUGUAAAAGAUUUUGUAAAAAUCUUCACUUUUAUCUAUGGAUUUCUCUGCCCUUCUUAUGAACUGCCUGACUCAAAAUUUGAAGAGGAAAUUCCACGAGUUUUUAAAGAGCUUGGGUACCCUUUUCCUUUGUCAAAAAGCUCCAUGUACACGGUGGGAGCACCACACACCUGGCCUCAGAUUGUGGCAGCUUUGAUUUGGUUAACUGAUUGUUUCAAGUUGUACACUGCCAUGAGGGAAAAUCCGUCUUCUUUUGAUGAUGGGCAGAACUGGGGAGGAGAAACAGAUGAUGGAAUUGUACAUAACAAGCUUUUCAUGGACUACAUUGUAAAGUGCUACGAGCACUUCAUGAAAGGGGGAGAUACUUAUGAAGAAUUGGAUGCAGAAGUGCAGUCAAAAUUAAAGGAUUUAUUUAAUGUAGAUGAAUUCAAAAUAGAAGGCUUGGCAGCAGAAAACAAAAGACUUCAUGAAGAAAUUGCAAGACUAGAAAAAGAAAGGGAAAGUGAGCCGGAUCGUUUAGUAUCGCUACGAAAGCUGAGAUCUUCUUUUCAAGCAGAUGUUCAGAAAUACCAGGCUUAUUUGGCUAAUCUGGAAUCUCACACAACCAUCCUUGAUCAGAAAAUGAAAGGUGUUAAUGAAGAAGUCGAGGCAGCAGAAAUGGAAGUAGAAGCAAUGAAGCAGGAGAAUGCCCGGCUCCAGCACAUCUUUGAUAACCAAAAGUACUCAGUUGCGGAUAUCGAGAGAAUAAAUCAUGAGAGAAAUGAGUUGCAGCAAACCAUUAAUAAGCUAACUAAGGAACUUGAAGCAGAAGAACACCAGCUGUGGAAUGAAGAGCUAAAAUAUGCUAGAAAUAAAGAGGCGAUUGAAACACAGCUGGCAGAGUAUCAUAAACUGGCUCGAAAGCUGAAAUUAAUUCCAAUAAGUGCUGAGAAUUCUAAAGGUCACGACUUUGAGAUUCACUUUAAUCCUGAGGCAGGACCAAAUUGCCUAGUCAAAUACAGAACUCAGAUUAAGGCUCCUCUUAUGGAGAUUGUAAACCAAACUGAGGAAGAAAUUAGGAAAGCUACUCAACGGAAAAUGAGUCUGGAGGAUACUUUGGAACAGGUGAAUGCAAUGGUAGCAGAGAAGAAAAGCAGUGUGAAGACACUGAAAGAAGAAGCAGAAAAGCUGGAUGAUCUUUACCAUCAGAAACUUAAGGAGGCAGAAGAAGAGGAGCAAAAAUGUGCAAAUGAGCUGGAAUUGCUAGAGAAGCAUAAACAGUUACUUGAGAGUGGUGUCAAUGAGGGUCUCAGUGAAGCCACAAAUGAACUGCAUGAUAUACAGAGACAAUACCAAAUUGUUAUGCAAACAACAACAGAAGAGAGCAGGAAAGCAGGUGAUAACUUGAAUCGUCUCUUAGAAGUGAUUACUACUCAUGUAGUAUCUAUAGAGAAAUAUCUUGAUGAACAGAAUGCCAAAAUUGACAGAGACUAUGAAGAAUUCAUGUCUGAAGAUCUACUGUCAACCUUGUCCGGAAUUCUAGACAGUUAUAAAAAGAAGGCUGAAAGCGUGUAAUUACCAGAAAGCUGAAGAUGAAAAUUUUGUGCUUCUGAAGCUCUGUUGUGGUGUCUCCUAAAAGGAUGGUUACUUCCUGCAUUUAGCAGCUAACUUGGUUUUAAUGAAAUGAUAAUGAACUUCCUUUGUCUAAUCGACACAAAUAUAGUAAAGGAUUAAAAUAUUUGUAACUUAAAAAAACAAAAGCUUUGCUUACUCUUCCUGCUGCCAAAAUAUUUCUACAAAAUUACAAUGUCUGUGACAAGACAACCGUGGAACAACUUAAUUUCUUUUAUUCUUUAUAAAUAAAUAUCUGUGCUCUUCCAGGAACAUUCUGAAAGAUGAGUAAUGUCAGCCUGUUAACAGUGGACUUAAGAGAUGGGACCAUAAUUGUCAGUACAGAUGCAGUGGGGACUGACAAAAAUAACUGCUGGUUUUUGUACACUUAAAAGAUUACUGAGAAAAGGGUUGUGCUUUCCUUCUUGGAGUAUAGUUUGUGCGCAUGUUAAUAUUUAGAUGUAUUUAACACAAGUUCAUGACAGUGCAUGUCAUUCCAUAGGCCUUCAGUUUAUCAGCAAGACCAAAUGUAAAUGUCUUCCAGUGUCUUGCUUGUUAUCUAUGAAACUGCCCAGAGAUCCCUCCUAAGUGUGUACAGUUUUUAUUAUUUUUUAGCAAAGUCUCUUUAAAAAGAUCAGUAGUAGUUAUGCAGUAGUUUUGUAAAUAGUUUAGAAAAUGAAAGAUAGUUUAGAAACAAAGUUCUGCCUCUAAAUGCUUAUAGUACCAGAUGAAAACUUACUGUACUUCUUAAGUAUGUGUAUUAGAAUGAGCUUUAAGUAGGACACUGUGAAUUCUGACAAUAUAAAUAAUUAGAUGAAGGUUUAACUGGUCUUGUGUGCAUUGAAAUGGUGUAAAACGUCUGCAUUCUUCUGCUAGAUCAGUAAAGCAGACCAUACUGGGUUUUUCUUCCUUAGGAAAGUAGCAGUAAAGUUGGCAUAUGGGGAGCUCCAGUUCAAAUACAUUAAGAAAAUGUAUCCCCAACUCUUGAACAUGUAUUUGUCUUUCUUGUUCCAUGCCAUGUUGUAAGCAGAGGUGCUAUCUGCUUGUCUACUCUUUUCUAUACCUUUAUAUUCCCUGGAAAAAAAAAUAGCCUUGGAGUUUAAUUUUGAAUACAGUUCAGUGAUAAAUGUCACUGAUUCAAGCAUACAACAAAGAAACUCCACGGUCUGUUCAAAAAUGUUUAGUAGCUGAUAGAUAAUUAAAGUUACUCCUUGAUUCUUUAAUCAGACAAAGAUUUGAAUGAAACACAGAUCCCUUGGAUACAAAUCAAAAUUUAAGUUUAAACUCUCUCUACACAAACUGCAAAUAAAACCAAACUGUGUUUAAUUUUGGGCACUUUUUGCAGAGCAUUCACGAAACUCUGUUGUCCUUGUUGAAGUAUGUGAAUUUUUUGGCUCUGCUCUGAGUAUUUCUUUUUUUUUUUUUUUCAGAUACUAUAAUAAUGGUGGUAUUUAAAUUUCUUUCUAGUCCUUUGUUAUACACCAGAAGCUUAUUUUCACAACUGUAAAAGCUUGUUGACAAGCAGGUAGCAUUCCUGCUUUUCUUCUGUUGUCUUCUCUCAUCUUACCUUUAGUAACUCUUAAUUUUUUUCCUACAACAGCCUAUUCCUCACCAAAUCUCAAUUACUUCUUAGAAUCCCUUUUUUGUGAUCUUUCUAAUGUAUUUGUUAUCUAAAGCAAUAUUCUCCUAAUUAAGCAAAGCUAUGGAAAAUACAAAACAAUCAUGUUCCUUUAAAGUAAUCGCUUAUUUAGGGACUACAGUCUUCCUUGGCUUCCCCAUACUUGUUUGUCCAUACUUCUGUACCUGACUGUUCCUGUGUCCAUUAGUAUCUGCAGCCUCUUUGCAUGCGGAGUAGUCAGUUGAUUUAGUAAAAAUAAUUUCAAAGGACUAAUGCUAACCCAGUGGUAAUGGGUUAAAGAAUCAAGGUCAGAAUGACCUUCCUUUGUAUUCUGGAUUGUGGCUUUUAAAUAGAAUAUAAUCACUGCUUGGAUUGUUGUUUUUUGUUGUUGUUUGGUUGGAUUUUUUCCAACCAGAAUGUGAAGUCUUAAUCAAAAUGUACCACUGGCACCUGCAUAUUUCAGUAGUAUGAGUAGUUUGUAAUUCUGGGGGGCUUUUGUAGGGGUACAGUUCCCCCAUCUAUUACUGAAGUAUCUUUUGUAUAGCUUACUUAAUAUGUCUUAAGUUGAUGGAUUUUUAAACUCAAUAAAGUUACUUAGACCUGUUUCUUUGAAUCAUGGAGUUUUCAUGGACAGAAACAUGAUGUGAAAAACAAUCAAUUUGUAUCCA